AGCGGGCGCAGGCGGGUGCGGCCGCGGCUGGUGAGGCUGCCUCAGCCUGGCGUGUGCGCCGGGUCGCGCGGUUCUGGGCGCGAGCGCGGGCGGUGUCGGCCGCUGCAGGUGACACCGGCGCGGUGAGGGCCGCCGCGGCCCUGUGGAGAUGAGGAAACUGAGACACGGAUUAUCUGAACUAGAUAAUAUCUUAAUGGUAGAACCAAGAUAUAAAAUUGGACAGUUUGACUUCAGAAUCUGUACUUGUAACUCGUAACUCGUACACUGUACUGGGCCUUCAGUAAGCUCUAAAAGAUGAGUCGUGGAUAUUCAGAAAACAAUAAUUUCCUUACUAAUAAUAACCAAAUGGUAUUGGAUAUGAUCCUUUAUCCAUUGAUUGGAAUCCCUCAGACCAUCAACUGGGAAACUGUGGCAAGGCUUGUGCCUGGAUUAACACCCAAAGAAUGUGUGAAACGGUUUGACGAGCUGAAGAGCUGCGGAAGUUCACCUGUUGACAACCAGUACAACCCUGUAAUGGCUGCUGGAGAGGGUCCUGUCGAAACCUUAGCCACUUACAUCAGAUCUUCACUUCUGGACACACAAGGAGAUUUUCAAGAGACUCCUGUUGAUCAAGAUACGGUUUCUAAAGCAGGAAGACAUAGUAUAGCCACCACAAGGAAUUGCUCUUCAGAAAGUGAAAACUGUACUGCUCGUAAUGCUGGAGAAGAGACUGGAGAAUCUGAAGGGCCAAACAUGGUGAUCCAUGUGUGUGAUGAAGCCAAGAGCCUGAAGGAAGACUUUAUUUGCCCACGAGAUCUUUUGAUAUCAGAGAUGAAGUAUUUCGCUGAAUAUCUAUCUAUGGAUGCCCAGCGCUGGGAGGAGGUGGACAUUUCAGUUCAUUGUGAUGUUCACAUUUUCAACUGGUUGAUAAAAUAUGUUAAAAGGAACACUAAGGAGAGUAAAGAUUGUGAGAUUCCCACUUUAGAGCCAGGAAAUGUCAUUUCAAUCCUUAUUUCUUCAGAGUUCUUGAAGAUGGAUUCAUUAGUUGAACAAUGUAUUCAGUAUUGCCAUAAAAAUAUGAAUGCCAUAGUAGCUGCUCCGUGCAACAUGAACUGUAUCAACGCAAAUCUUCUUACACGCAUAGCUGACCUGUUCACACACAACGAAAUUGAUGACUUAAAAGACAAAAAAGAUAAGUUUAGGAGUAAACUGUUUUGUAAGAAGAUUGAAAGACUGUUUGACCCUGAAUACCUAAAUCCAGAUUCUGGAAACAGCGCAGCAACACUCUAUCGAUGCUGUUUGUGUAAGAAACUUUUGACCAGAGAAACAGAAAGAAGAAUUCCUUGCAUCCCUGGAAAAAUCAAUGUGGAUCGACAUGGAAAUAUUAUCUACAUCCACAUAAGAGAUAAAACCUGGGAUGUACAUGAAUAUUUGAAUAGUCUUUUUGAAGAAUUGAAAUCUUGGAGAGAUGUUUAUUGGCGUUUGUGGGGCACAAUCAACUGGCUGACCUGUUCAAGGUGUUACCAGGCUUUCCUCUGUAUUGAAUUCUCACAUUGUCAGUAUCACUCAGAAGUGGUAGUUUACUCUAGCACAGUAAAUUCACUAAACACUGUGGGCACUGGAACUUACCCCUGCUGUAACCAGAAGGUUCUUCGAUUUGAUCCUACUCAGCUCACAAAGGGCUGUAAAGUGAGGGACCACAUGGUUCUUCUUCAUGAUCAAGCAGAAAGUGAUGAUUUGCUUUCUUGCCCAACUGCUAGAAUACUGGAUGAUCUGCACAAGCACAAAGAUGUCAUUGUUGUACCCUUUUUAAAAGAUGCAGUUAGUGAUCCUGGGGCUGGCUCCUGUGAUGAAAAAGGCCUGGAAUAUGAAAUUUUACUGGAACCAAAUACACCGUGGGGCUCCAAAGCUGGGGAGCUCAAUGCUUUCUUGUCACUGAAGAACUGGACUCUGCAGUUGAAACAGCAGUCGUUGUUCUCAGAAGAGGAAGAGUAUACCACCGGGUCUGAGGUCACUGAAGAUGAAGUUGGUGAUGAAGAAGAAAUUGCCAAGAAACAAAGGAAAAAGGAGAAGCCAAAGAAAUUUACUAAGCCACCAAAAAAACAACUGUCCUCACCCUGUUCUCAAAAGAAAGAGAAGACACUGGAGAAGUCAACUUCAAGAGAUGUGUCUCCUUUUGUUGUGAGUAUGCAGAAGAAUAAAUGGGACGCCACGAGAUCCUUGAGAUUCAACCAAGAUGCACAGAGAGAAGAUGAUCAGCGGCGGAUGUCUGAAAUUACAGGGCAUCUAAUAAAAAUGAGAUUGGGUGAUCUGGACCGAGUCAAGGCAAAGGAAUCAAAAGAAUUUGCAGGAGGUAUUUAUUCUAGGCUUGAAGCACAAAUCAAAGCCUCAGUGCCUGUCACUGCCCGGCAAAACAGCUCAGACAAAAACCAGAGGUCUAAAAGUCGUUUUGGUCAAGGGCGUCCUGCAUAAACCACCCUAAAUAUAAAAAGAGAGAAGGCACACUCUGGACAUCUGAAAUGCUCACUUCUUGAAGAUCUUCAAACAGUGACUGCUAGGUGCUCUAUGAGUUAUCCCUGCACACCACAUAAAUCAUGCCAGUGACUGAUAGGUGCUCUAUUAGUCAUUCCUGCAAAUCACAAAAAUCAUGCUUACACAAAUAUAUAGUUAGAUUUCAUUAAAAUCUUAACUGUAUAUAUAAAUUUUCUUAUAUAAAUUUCUCUUUGUAUAAUUCUAGGCUGUGUAGAAGAUAAUUGCAAACUUUACAUAGUUAAGAUUCCUAAUAUUUGUUACCCUUUAUUUAUUUGACAAAGAAGAGACCUAACUUGUCAAAUACCUAAGUUGGUAAGACCCUGAGAAAUUAAGGGUACAUGACUGGUAGUGUUACUAUGCAUGGACACUGAUCAUUGUAUGUUUGGGAACUGUUGUCUUAGGCAUAGCAUUGAGAAAUGAAUUUUGUAUGAUGAACUAUCCAGUAAUGUUAAAUUUAGUUUGUAUGGAUAUUAAGGAGUGACAGAUCCUGAAGCUAUGUUAAUAGAGUUUCAAGGCAAGGUUAUUUCAAUACCAUGUUGGUCAAGAAGGGUUAAUCUUUUCAGUAUUAUUACAUGGAUGGUACAAUGUUAAUUCAACUUCUGUUUCUUUCAGUUUUUCAUACUUAUCUGUAAAUCAUAUAAGCCUAAAAUCCGGUCCUUGCCUCUCUCCUGGAUGAAGCUAAGACACUCUGAAUCUGAAGCAGCAUGUGGUGGGUGUCAGGUAGUGAGUCAUUUCCUUUCUGUGGCACAGUUAGGUGCAGGCUUCCCAGAGCCAUCCGUUCCCUAAGUCUACGCAGCAUCCUCACAGCGUGUGAUUGCUAGUUACGAAGAGAUGUCUUAAAGUUCCCAGAUAGAUCAGAUGGCUGGAAACUUCAUAUGUUCAAAUAAAGCUGUUUUAUAGAUCAUGUUUUCCUUUUUUCUAACCAGGUAGAUAGCAUACUCAGGGAAAUUUUGUUGCAGACUGUAAGCAUGUACUAAGUUAUGUGUUUGUAAAUUGUUUAUAGGCUCUGAGACCCAUGAGAUGCACAGUGUUUCUAUGUUUAGUUUUUCUUUGCCUUAUGAUUCAUGUCUUCAAAUUAUUCAGAGAAUAAAUCUUGAUAACAUAACAGAACAGCAGUUGUAAAAGUUCAAGUCUUACACCUAGUUUGCACAAAAAGAAAUUAUAAUUUUUAGAAUCUUUUAGUUGCUGUAUAAAACUCUUUAAUUAUUUGAUAAUUAUGUUUUUAAUCUCUAUUUGGAAGUUUUAUUAUGGUAUACAGAUGCUUUUCAGUUAUCUGACACUUUGGAAGUAGCUUAUAUCAUAUUUAUUUUCAAGAAAGUAUUUCUUUGUAUGUGAUGUGUAAGUCCCAUGUGCUACCAGCAUUAUAAUUGGCUCCUGAAUUCUCUGAUAGAAGAAUUUGGAUUUAUAUGUGUAAGCGGCCUGCAAUCAUUGUAAUUAGAAGGGAAUAUGCACUUUUGAUUUUCACACAUCAUAAAAGUGCUCAUUGCUUCUCCCAGAGGGGGCUGGUUUACUGACUGAUGUUAGCAGACUUUAUUGAAAUCUCAUUCUAUACAGAAUAAGCUUUUUAUUUUGUAUCUAUCUGUGAUACAUGGACAGGCAGUUCUUCUGCCAAGUACUUUAAGGUUUUCCUUACAUAGAUUCUGAGUUCAAACUUACUGAAAUAAAUGGCAAUGACAAAAAGUA